AACUCCAACACUUUUAGGCUUCAUGAAUGGGAAAUGCAAUAAAAUUCAAAGUGUUUGCUGAAUAAUACAGUUUAUAUAGAGUAUUAUAUGUAUAAAACCCAUUGUUAGCUAAACUAGUGCAUUUUAAAUUUUUCCAUUUAGAGGUGAAUUGGAUGGAACUGAGCAAGCAAUGCUAUGAGUAUUUUCAUCUUCACGGCAAUUUAAUUCAAACAUACAUGAACAUCACUUACUGUGCCAGAAAGGUUAUAUAAUUAGUAUAGACACUUUGAAAAUACUAGAUUUAUUCAAGAUGUUUAUCAAGAAAACCUGAUGCUUAAAUGUGGAUGCAUUAAAAAGGCAGCAUCCUGACAUAUGGCUUUGACAGCAUUUGUUAAACUUAGCUACUGUCCUCAAAAACAAGAAUGGAAUUUAAUUCAGUCAGUGUAAGUAUACUAAUAGUAUUUUAAUAUGAAUGUGUUCUGCUUAUAUUUGACUUUCUCUGAAGGAAAGAAUUGAAAUCACUAAAAAAAGACCAACCCACACAUUAAAAUGAGCACUAGGUCUAAACAGACUUUUUAGUUCCAACAGUUUCUCAGAGCUUUAGCUCAGGAAGCAACAAUACAAGUGUGUAAGGAUAUUUUUUUUUAGACAGCUCAGAGAAAAUAUAUGCUAAUUAAAUCUCUUGAAUAUCUGCAUGCUUCAUCAGUCAUCCAAAUUGCCUGAGUUCCUCCAGUAAUAAAGCUUGUUUCAUAUUUGAGGAUGACUUCGGGAUGUUUUACUAGCUGAAUAUGCUGCGUAUCCCCAGUUCUUUGUAAAGAAAUCAAAGGAAUAAAUUCUUCAAGGAGGAAGAAAAGAGGUAGAAGAAAACUGGCUUUUCUGGCUUUUUUUAUAAAUUCUCUUUCCAAAGCUAAAGAAGGAACUAAAAUCUAAUCCUAAACUCGUAAAUCUUGCCUUUUCCCCUUCCUGUCAUUUUAUCUACAGGAGCAGUUUUCUGCUUCUAGCUGAAAUAAGUAUCUACCUAGAAGAUCAACAAAGACAGUUCCCUUAUGCUGGGACCUGCCUUUUUCAAGUUAUUCUGGUGCUACUGCUCUGUUCUUGAUGAGUACCCUAUAUGGAAGUUGAGUGUCAUGUUGAUGGGGCUUGAUGGAUUUUCUUUUUUGUGUGUAUGAUUUUUUUUUUUAAAUCCAAAUAUCCAGAAUAAUAAGCUGGAUAAAUUGUCUUGAAUUUUUAUAUGCUAUUGUAGUCAUGAAAAUAACACUGCUAAGAUUUUGUUUACUGUGUUGCUAAUAAUGUUUGGAUGUCCAAAACUUCACCUUCCUGGAAGGGUGGUGGUACAUUUUUAUUUUGCUUUCAAAAUUUAAACCAAAGGAAAAUGUAAAGUUUCUAGUCAGACAUAAACAUCUAUACUCUGGAGUAAGGUGAUAGUCAAAUAUUUUUCAUUUUAAUAUGUCUAUUUAGAGAUACAUGAUUUAGUAUCACAUAAAAUAUAUCAUCUAUGUAGCUGAGAGAAGAGUGCAGUGAAACAAUAAACAAAAAAUAUGAGCAGCUUUGGUAUGAAGAAUGCUAUGUACUAAGGCCAAGGUAAAUUAGCAGAGUCCUUGCAGCCUUUGUCUUAGUUUCUAGUGUGACAGAAGGAUAUUAACUGCUGAUAAAAUCAGGGUAGGAAAACAAUGCUUCUAUUAAAAUGUUGUAAUUUUGAAUAUUGAAGCAGACCUUACUUUUCCAUCUUUUUUUCCAGCAUCAAGAAAGUGAUCCAUAUCUCAUUUCCUUGAAAAUCAUUAGUCACCAUUCUAGAGAUAUGGCUAGUUACUUUUAACUGAAAAUUAUAUUUUGAUAAAGCUGUGCUAUUUCUCCUGGGAAUUGUUUUAAACUUCCUAUGUGCCUACUACCAAUUUUCUGCAGUACAGCUUGGGAGGAAUUUGUACUGCACUGUUCAAUAGCAACAGGUCUGAAGAGCAUCAGGGAUGAAAUUCUCAAGGGUCUUUAUGUCAUGGAUGGAAACAGAAUCAUUACUGUAUUUUUGAACUCCUGCUAACGUCAUUGACACCCACCUACAGUCUACUAGCAAUAUAAGUGCAGAGAUCAGCUUGUUCACAGAUGACGAGGAGACCAACCAAGAAGGGGCAAGCCAAAGCCAAAUUCCCUGACAGUCUGUUCAUCUCCAGCAUGUGGAAAGUGCUGCUCCUGGGUCUGUAUGUAGUAUUGGCUGUGAGAGGAUUGGCAAAGGGUGCUCCUUUCCAUCCAGAAGAGAAAUGGAAGCCUCUUGAUAACCCCAGAAACAGAGACCUGUUUUUCAGGACGCUCCAGGCUUACUUCUUGGGCAGGGGUCUCGAUCUCAGAAAGUUCCCAGCUACUUUCCCUGUGAACAGUGAAGGACCAGGGCCUGUCAUGUUCUACUCAGAUCCUAUUGCUUCUGCAUUUGCAGAUUAUGAAGAAAGGAAAAAAUCUUUUCAGAACUAUUUCGAAGGCUGAAAGAUUCUGCUGAUGAAGGUAAAAGGGGAUGCCUUGUUCUCUAACUUGGUACAUGUAACAAGAUUCUGACUGAAGUAUAAAAGCAACUUCUUUCCCAGAAGGAAUUAAAAGUGUAGUACCUUUACCCUUACCUGAAGUGGGUUUUAAAAUUCUUGAGGCAGAGGCUUAUGAGGUAAUUGCUACUUAGAUAAAAUAACAGAUGGUAUUUGUGUAGACCUAUAUAGACCAUGAUUUUUUGUUUUCUCUUUUUUUCUCCCUUCAUGUAGAGGAGAAUACUGAAAACGCACAGAUAACAAAUAAGGGAUUUGAGUUCUAUGUAAGGAGUUGCAAAAAGAUUAUAAAUUGAGAUCAAGAUUUCUUGUGACAUAUGCAAAUUAAGAAAAUUGAUUUAGAUAUAAGUUAUUGCACUAACAAAGCAUACAUUGUCUUUUAAAUUUACAGUAAAUAGUUUUCUUCUGAUUUACAAAUAGGUAAGAAUUUCAAAGCAUUUUGGUGAUUUAUGCAGUAUCUUAAAGUGCUUACGUUGUAAUUAAUACUUAAUUUAUGAUUUCCAUCUCUUUCCUGUUCUCAGCUUGCUUAACCCCUUCUCCCUUUAUCAAAAUCAAAGCUUUAUUAUUCUUAUUAUCAUGAACCAUAAUAAAGACUGCACUCAAAUUUUAAUACUAAAUUCUCUUUUUGCUGUGUUUUUAUGUCAGGAAAACAAAGAAGCACCACAGCAUGUGUAUUUUGUGCAUGAAAAAUAAAUGAAAAGUGAAUUCAGAAAGGCUGCUCUCUAUAAGUCAGAGCAGCAGUGAGAAAAUGGCUGGUGGAAGUUCUUUGUCCUGCAUAAUUCAGGAUGGUCGUGGUAGUUAUUUUCAGUGUUCAGAGCUGUUUUGUGGGAACAGAGGUCCAGCCAGUGUUUUCAUUACUUGGUCUGGAUCACACAUUGGUUGCAUAUUUCUCUUACAUAUUUGUAUAUUUUUUUUGUCUUUUUCAGGUAUUAACUUAAGAACUCCAUACCAAGUGGAAAACUUCACAGCAAAAUUUUACUGUGUUGACUUUUUGUUACCUGACACUUCAAAAUUUUCUUCACUGUCACCGUUUUUCUGCCAGAAUCUGGUGUCCUGCUGUAAUGGGCAUUAUUCUGUCGACAAAUGCGUGUUCUUUGGCUACUGCAGUUUGUGAGCAGAAUUGUGCUUAAGUGUGAAUAAAUGAGGAGUGCGUGCAUUUAA